UCUUUGACUAUGAUGGAUGCAACAUCUAUGUCAAUCAUGAAACAUUCUGUAUCUUUGUAGUUUGUGAACAAUUCUUUUUUAUUCAUUUAGUUUUCAGUUUUUGUUGGUUGGUUACGUUCUGUUUUUUCGUUGUUUUUGUUUGUUUGUUUGUUUGUAUUGUUAUUAUUUUAAAUAACAUUUGAAUCAACAUGAGUAUCUCGGCACACGGUGGUGGUCUCGUUAACGGCAUUGCCGGUAUGGAGAAUAAAUUUACCGUUUUCACAUCGGGUAAACCGGUUUCCGGUUUAACUGUUGCUUUUGAAGGUCCAACAAAACCGGAAAUAAAUUUUAAUUCAACCAAAGAUGGUUCAGUAGAUGUUGGUUAUACACCAAAAGCUGGUGGUCAAUAUAAAAUUCAUAUUAAGUAUGAAGGAAAAGAAAUUGUUGGUUCACCAUUCAAAUGUAAUAUUUCUGGUGAUGAAGCUACACAUCGAAAAUUGACAGAAAAAGUUAAAGUUGGUGGACCGAAUAUUAAUGCCGGUAAAGUGAAUCAAGAUAAUCAAUUAACAAUCGAUUGUAAAGAAGCGGGCAUUACCGGUGGUAUUAGUUUCGCAAUGGAAGGUCCAGCCAAAGUUGAGGUUAGCUUCCGUAAUAAUAAUGAUGGUACCAUAACGGUCAUCUAUAAACCACCAACACCGGGUGAUUAUAAACUUCAUCUUAAAUUUAAUGAUAUUCAUUUGCCCGGAAGUCCAUAUCCGAUUGUUGUAGCUGCCUGAAAAAAAAUUGAUUUUCAAUUCAACUCAAUCAAUCAACAAAAACUAAAAACAAAAUUCAAUCCAUUCUAUCUCUAUUGUGUGUAUGUGUUUGUGUAAUGAACAACAUUUCUGGUCCAAAAUAACCAAAACACAAAAAUGAAAAAAAUCUUCCGAAAAAAAAACUCAAAACAACGCCCACAUUAAAUAACAUUUAUUUUAUCCGACGAUUAAAUUAUAUCUAGAAAAUAUCUACAUUAAAAACUCCUAAAUGAAUUGUGAGUGUGGGCUAAAAAUAACCAACCGAAUAUUACACAGUUGCAAUCAUUUAAAAUCAAAUAAAAACUGAUUGUUGUCAAUGUCAUCAACAUAAAUAAGUAAAAAAUGUAAUGACGUCAACAGUUGUCAUCAAAAAAAAAAAAAAAAAAAACGCACCGAUCGUUAACAAGCUUCAACAAACAAAUAGUCCACCCAUAAAAUAACAAUAUUUUUAGGCCAGACAUCUCCAAACACACUACAAUGCUGUUGAUUUCUACUGCUCAACUUGACUCAAAUUGUCAUUUCAAAUUUUUGACAAAAUUUCAAUGUUUUUCCAAUAAAUCAAUCAAUCAAUACA